UUAGUUUCAUGUGGGACAGGCUGGUUUUCUGCUGAGAAUUUCAGAUGAAGCCUAUUAAUGCAAAAUACCCUCUUCCUCAAAUGUUGAAGAAGGGGAAUUUUAGAGUCAGGAGUGGACAGUAGAGUCCAGAGCUAAAGUUUUACUUUUUCUUGUCUGUUUGCCCCCAUUUUAGGUAACUUUCCUUCCUCAUAACCAAAGCAAGAAAUUACCUUUGUCUGAAAAAAGUACCCUCAAGCAUAAGAACUGAGUUUCUUUGAAAAGCUCUGCACUUCCCUAAGUUCUCUCGAAACUUGGAAGCACUUCCAAGAAGCCAGUCCUGUGGGUGGGACCAUUGGCAGCCCUUUGGGGCCUUUGGUCAUUCUCGACCCACAGUUGUCCCUCCCUCUCUUUCUGGUCAUCUCUGCUCAUAUUAUUCUGGUUCUGGAGUCUUAUUUACAGGCUAUCUGAUUUCCUUUCAAAGGUCAAGGUAGAGUUCAAGGUACAGCUGGGUGAAGGGCAUGCAUAGCUUCCUAAGGAGAAUUAGGAGACUUGAUGUUGGUGUCUUGAGACAGAUUGCUCCUUGGCUGGAUUUCUUGGUUAUCGUUACAUAUGGGGACCAGGAGAGGGUCUCAGUCUCCUUUUCCCUGGGUCAGGGCACACUCCCUGCCUGGAAAGCAUCUGAUAGUGACGUGAAAAGGGGCGUGGAAGACUUUUCCAGAGGUAGGAGUACCAACAGAGUAGGCCUGGCUCCUGAUGCUGGGGCAGCGUAACUUGUUGGCUCCCAGAGGGUGAGGGACCCCAGGAAGGGAGACCGAGACCAUCAAACACAGGGAGGGCAGCCUUGAAACAGGCGAGUUGGGAGACCAGGUGAAGCCUGGUUUCCUCCUGUAGAUGCCAUGAGGAUCCCUGAGGCAGUGGGCCAAGCUGCUUCUGUCCUUGCCUGGGCCCUCCUUUGGUUUCUGCCUUCCUUGUGCUAUGGGAGCCAGGCAGGGGCUUUGAGGUUUCUCAGGCAGCCAGACCCACACCAUGGGAGCUCAAGCUGGACUUUUUUCAUGAGUAGGGUCUUAACUUAGGAGCAUGGGAAACAUUUUUCCCCCUGAAUCUGGGCUGGUUGUCCAGUCACUCCAGGACAUAUAUAUUGGUUAUGUGACUCCUAAGCAAAUAUGGGGUAUGGCAGAGGUGCAGACUAGGAGGUGUCUGAGGAUGUAGCAGACACAUCUCCAAACAGUUCCUUUUCCUGUCCCCAGUGGGCUACAUUCCCAGACUGGUAUUUUUGUUAGUAUGACAGAGCCACAGAGUCAUCUGGCUCAGGCACAAGCCUCUGUCCUUCCCUUUCUGCCCCUGCCCCUGACAGACUCUCUUAUAAAAGGGCUGAGCAACUCAGCUCCUCUCACUGGGGGUUGUGGAGAGCAGGGGGGGGACCAUGGACUUCAUCAGCAUUCAGCAAUUGGUAUGUGGAGAAAGAAUGGAAAGGAAAGUGUUGGGAUUUGGACAUGGAGUUCCUGAUCCUGGAGGCUGGCCUAGUGAUGGGAGGAUGGCACCCCAAGAGGCUUUGGCCAGGGAGAAGCUGAAAUUGGAAGAGGAGAAGAAGAAGAAACUCGAAAGAUUUAACAGUUCCAGACUUAAUCUAGAGACUCUGGCUGACUUGGAAAACUUGGUUCAAAGACGGAGAGAAAAGCGACUGAGACGUAGGGUCCCCCCCAGGGAAAGUGAGCCCGUGGUUAAGCUGCAGCCCCAGGCCCAGGUGGAGUCUGUGGACCUGGAGAUGUUCCUGAAGGCAGCUGCUGAGAACCAGGAGGCCCUGAUUGACAAGUACCUGGCAGACGGAGGGAACCCCAAUGCCCAUGACAAGCUCCACCGUACAGCCUUGCACUGGGCCUGUCUGAAGGGUCACAGCCAGCUGGUGAACAAGCUGCUGGCAGCAGGUGCCACUGUGGACCCUCGGGACUUGCUGGACAGGACACCCAUGUUCUGGGCCUGCCGUGGAGGACACCUGGACAUCCUCAAACAGCUGCUUAACCAGGGAGCCCGGGUCAACGCCCGGGACAAGAUCUGGAGCACCCCCCUACACGUGGCAGUGCGCACUGGCCACUCUGACUGCUUGGAGCACCUCAUUGAGUGUGGAGCCCAUAUCAACGCACAGGAUAAGGAAGGGGACACAGCUCUACAUGAGGCUGUGCGGCAUGGUCGUUUCAAAGCCAUGAAGCUGCUGCUGCUCUAUGGAGCCAAGCUGGGUGUGCAGAAUGUGGCCUCCAUGACUCCAGUGCAGCUGGCCCGAGACUGGCAGCGGGGCAUCCAGGAAGCACUGCAGGCUCAUGUUGCGCAUCCCCGCACCCGGUGCUGAUGACAACAGCGGGCCUGCGGGUCACCCACAGCCACCAUUCCAUCCCCUCCCCUCCCCUGCAUCUGCACCCUCUGUGGUUCUUGCCCAUCUUAUUCCUCUCUCAGGCCUUUGCUUCCUCAGGCCUCUAAGGCAGCCUCGUCAGAACUGAGGAGCAGCGGCGACCCCGGCAGGUAGAAAGCGCAGGCCUCCCUGGCUUUGCACGUCAAGGGGUGCUGCGUUCCCUGCUGGGGCUGAAGCUAAAAGGGCUGAAGCAGAGAACCAUGGGGCAGCAGAAAGCAAAGUGGGUCCAGAUGAGGGCCAGGGAGAGGAGCGGGAGCCAAGCUGGAGCAGAAGUGAGCAGUCCCAGGCCCGAGCUACCCAGGGCUGGAUGUUAGACUUUCUCAGUGUCCACUAAUCCUGAGUCUGGGAGGUUUUGCCCUUGCUCUGCACAAGGGCCAGUUUCCUGCAGGUGGUGACUGAGCCUGUGGCCAGCAGCUGCCAUCCAGGACAUACAAGAGCAACCAAAGUGGGCCACACAGAUGCCAGGUGUUUCUGCAGCUGGCCAAUGCCCUUGGGCAGGGGUUUCUCCAGAGAACUCCAUUCCUAUCAGCAGCAACCCUGAUAGUGUCUGGAAUGGCUCUAGACAAUUUUGGUCUUGAGGACACUGGAGGUGGGUUCUGACAGUCUGGAGGGGGCUGUUCAACAGGAUUGAGGUCCCACAGCACCAGAAGUCUGGGACCCACCUGGUUGCCCCAGAAGCCCCAAGACUAAUGAGCUGGAGCUGAUACUUGAGGGGAACCUUGUGCCCACUUGUCCAAAGGCUUUGGUCAGGCCUGCCUGCCACACUGUUGUUGGGCUCGGCUGGUAGUGCUCCCUGUAGGGGUAAAGUGCCUGGGUGCUGAGGAUUGCUUGUGGCCCACCCAACUCUUGGGGCGGUGGCCCGUAACCUUAGUUUGCCUAAGGCACUGAUGUCCCCCUGGUACUGGAGUUUGAGCUCUUGCCUGGAACCCUGCAGCCAUAUCCACUCUGCUUUAUCCCACCCAAAGGACAGGACACUGGGGAGCUCUGAGCUUAGCCCAUGGGGAUGCAGGGGAAGGCAGGGGCAUGUCUUCCUGCCCCUCAUCUGCUAACUGGGGUAUAGUGAUGACUCACCCUCACAACAGCUCCCUAAAGGCUCCAUCUUCUUGCAUCAUUCUUUACGUUUCAAAUUUCACUGGUGUAGACCUAUACUACUGGCAGGGCUGGGUCCUGAAAUGCCAGAGUGAAUUUUAAAGAGCUCUGCUCUAAACCAAGAACCAUAGGCUAAGAGAAGGGCUAAAGGAUGAAGGUUUAGCCUCCCUCACAUGAGUUCUGGGUUACAAAAGGUACCUUGGUGAAACCAAUUUUGCAGCAGUUAUUUUGAGUCUAACUUUGGUGGCCUUCUCAGGCCAAGACCAAAGCCACUGUUACUAUGUGAGAAAGCUGACAAGCGCUCCACACACCCUUUCCACGGGCAGCCCCUGCCCUACGGUGACAGAGCCAGCUUGCACUCAGACACUGGCGCCACGGGUGAAACAGGAAUGCAAGACCUCGAAGACAAUUCCUCAUCUAUAAAAUGAGGACACUUAAGUGACAGACAAAAACACCUUUUUAUACGGAUCAGUAUUUUUUGUUCAUUAAAACUGGCUGAUUAUCCAUCA